AUGCUACGUGCCUUGAACGAUCGAGAUGUGUCUGAGGACGUGGAUGAACAAACCCUCUGCAAAGCACAGUUGAAGGCGUUCGCUGACCAUAUGUACAUAACUUCUGAGAAAUACCAACAAGAUGCGAGAAAACUCGGCAUCGACCCGCAAAGCGAAUCUUUCAUCGCCUGGAGUAUUCUCAACCUUCGAAAGGAGAAUUUUUUCGAGCGACGAAUCGGCGAGCCUGAUAUUGGCAAGAUAUGUGAAAUCGAUGCGUCGAUUGGAUUCAGAUUCAAGACUAAGACACCUCACGAGACUCAAUACGAAGAUAUAUCAAUAACAGCCACCCAUGACAGGGACAACAUCAUGACCAUCGACUCCUUCGCUGUGGGGUUCAAACAGUAA